AUGGAUGCAGACAACACCUGCAAAAGCCUGCCCAAUCUCUAUUCAUCAUUUGUCGACACUUUCGUCGACUUUUCGGUCAGCGAGAUCUUCCUACCCGACCCACCAUCUCCUCCGGUUUUUCAAACCUCCUACCCUUCCCCUAAUCGUCUAAUAGCCAUAGGUGAUCUUCAUGGCGACCUUCACAAAUCCAAACAAGCCCUCCGUCUUGCUGGUCUCAUCGACUCCCAAGACCAGUGGUCUGGUGGCUCCUCCACUCUUGUACAAGUCGGAGAUGUCCUCGAUCGUGGUGGACAAGAACUCAAAAUCCUUUACUUCCUCGAGAAACUUAAACGACAGGCUGCUAAGGUCGGCGGUAAUGUCAUCACCAUGAAUGGCAAUCACGAAAUCAUGAAUGUUUAUGGUGAUUUUUGGUGUACUCAUCCAUCUGGGCUUGAUGAAUUUCAGAAUUGGGCUGAUUGGUUUACUAUAGGCAACAACAUGAAGCGAUUAUGCGAUGGACUAGAGAAACCUAAAGAUAUAUACGAUGGGAUACCUACAAGUUUUCCUGGCGUUAAAGAAGAAUAUGUAAACGGGUUUAGAGCAAGGAUUGCUGCAAUGAGACCUCAGGGUCCUAUAGCAAGUAGGUUUUUGUCUAAAAACAUGACUGUGCUUGUUGUUGGGGAGUCCGUGUUUGUUCAUGGAGGGAUUUUACCUCACCAUGUUGCUUAUGGAUUGGAACGGAUUAACGAAGAGGUAAGGGAUUGGAUUACUGGAUUGAAAGAGACUGUAUCUUCGGAUUUAGUUAAGUCCGGAAGCUCAGUUGUUUGGCUAAGAAAAUUUUCUAACGAAGUGGCUGAAGAUUGCGAUUGUAGUAUGCUGGAACAUGCUCUUGCGACCAUUCCGGGUGCAAGGAGGAUGAUCAUGGGUCAUACUAUUCAAAAGGGUGGUAUAAACGCAGCUUGCAAUAACAAAGCCAUAAGGAUUGAUGUUGGCAUGUCUAAGGGGUGUAUUGACGGGCUGCCUGAGGUUCUGGAGAUCAGUGAGGAUUCUGGUCUGCGAAUCUUGACAUCAAAAUCGGUGUAUGAUCAGAAUAGGCAGGAUUUGAUGAUGCCUAAGCAGCAUGAAACACGACCAAUGCAGGUUGAGGUUUAA